AUGUACACAUCUUCUCUUCCCUUGCAGGAAUAUCGCGAACUAAAUGAAAAAUCCGCUUCACCUCCCAAACAGCUACCAAUUGCGGACCUAGUUGCAGGCUUGGACAUAAGAUGUGGGCCCAUUGUCAAGUUAUGUGGGACUCUUGAAUCCGGUCCCAACUAUCGUGCGACUAUAAUGUUGGUGGUGAAGGAAUCAGAGGAAAAAAAUGGUCCUACUCCGAAAGUCACAUACAACAUUGGAGCUUCCACUAAUGCUGGAACAUCUGCCAAUUCUGGUGAAUUUCCAGGAACCGAAUAUCACGUCGAAGAUGGGUUUCAUUUUUGGAGAUUUGACGUUAAUUUAUCAUUAAUUGAUGUUGAACAAAGAGUUCAAUAUUACAUCAACGGCGAGGGAAAAUUCCAAUUUUUCAUUCCUGCUAUUGAAGAAUCCAUGAAUGUUGUUUCUUAUUCAUGUAAUGGAUUUUCGCUCGGUGUAGACCCAAAGGAUUUCAAAUCUCAACUUUGGUAUGAUGUCUUACAAAAUCAUGAUGUGCAACAUUAUCAUGUGAUGCUUGGUGGAGGAGAUCAAAUCUACGCAGACUCCAUUAAGCUACACUCAAAGGAAUUAGAGAAGUGGAUGACCGAGAAAAACCCAAUGAAAAAGCGUCAUAUGAUUGCUACGGAAGACACGGUGAGAGAUUUCUCCACUUACUACUUAAACCAUUAUAUGGCUUGGUUCGGUAAAGGGUUCUGGGAAGGCAAAGAUGGUAAGACUACCUUGCAAAGUUUAUACCCAGUAGCAAUGUCCACAAUCCCUUCAGUCAACAUUUUUGAUGAUCAUGAUAUUAUAGAUGGAUUUGGUUCUUACCAUGACUCAACCAUGGGUCAAUCGAUUUUCAAAACAGUAGGAAAUGUUGCUUAUAAGUAUUAUAUGUUGUUCCAACAUCACAUGUCCCCAGAAGAAAAGGUUCACAAUUCAAUUGAAGCAGAACCUUCAUGGAUUUUGUCAAAGGGAAAUGGACCAUUCAUGCAGCAGAAAAACCACUCAAACUACAUUCGAUUAGGUAAAGAAAUUUCCAUGGUCGGAAUAGAUUGCAGAACGGAAAGAAAAUUGAAGGAGAUCGUUAAAACUUCUACAUAUGAUAUUAUAUUUAAGAGACUUGAACAAGAAAUUAAGAAGGCUCCUGAUGUGAAGCAUUUGUUAGUUAUGCUAGGUGUUCCCAUUUUGUACCCAAGAUUGGUCUGGUUAGAAUGGUUGUUGACGAGUUCAAUAUUAAGACCUGUUAGAGCAUUGGCCGAGAGAGGGGUGGUAAAUAAAGGUCUUGUUAAUGAAUUCGAUGGUGGGGUUGAAGUUCUUGACGAUUUGAACGAUCAUUGGUGUUCUAAGAACCACAAGAAGGAAAGAAACUUGUUAUUAAAGAGAUUGUUAGAAUUUGGGGCUUCACAUGGUGUUAGAAUUACUAUUUUAUCGGGUGAUGUUCAUUUGGCAUGUAUUGGAAGGUUGAAAUCGAAAGUGCACCACCAUCUUCAUACUCACGCUUUGAAGAAUCAAGAUCCUGAGGAACUUGAACAACACAAUGUUGAUGUCUUGCAAAAUCCACAUCAAGAUCCAAGAUUAAUUUUCAAUGUUACCUCUUCAGCAAUUAUCAAUACUCCUCCUCCAGAUGCAAUGGCAACAUUGUUAAAUAAAAGAGCGGGAAUCCAUCAUUACAAUAAGGUUACCGACGAAGAUAUAUUACCUAUUUUCUUGACCAAUACUGAUGGAUCUAAGAGAGUUAACCAUCAAUUCUUGAACAAGCGUAAUUGGAGUGACUUGAUUAUCGCCAAGCAAUCCAAGUAUGCGGACAAACUUAGUAGCGAGAAAACAGAAUGGAAACUUCCAGGACCCCAACGUGAAGAGGCCAAAGCGCUUUUGGAAGAAAAGGGCAGAGUCCUCAAUGAGAGACAUGUCAAGUAUCCCUUGUUUGAAGACUCGUUGGUAACAACUAUCCACGUUGAAGAUAAAACCGAUGAUUUUGACUGUAAUUCAGCAUUGUAUGAAGUUUUAAUUCCAAAGAUUGUUGGUAAAUACAAGAUAGAUAAUCCAGGUAUUAAGCACUUACUAGAACACGAGAAGUAG